UGGGGGUCAGUCCACGAGCAUACGCCCUCACAUCUUAGUCACCUACUAACUACGUACAUAGCACAGCCCGUACACUGUAUAGGUAGGCCAUGCUGAAAACCUCCUUCUAUCCACUAUCCACUAUCCACAUGUCUUGCUGCAUUAGAAGUUGCACCUCCCGACCAGAACAACUGGCUGUGAAACCUCUCUCCGCCUCCCUCCAGUCGGUCCGAUUAGGGAACCUUCCUGAUCCCUCAGGCUCAGCCCCAGGCAGCCAGGCAACAGCUCCCUCCCCUUUUUCCGGCCCAACACUUACUCCGGAAAGUCUCCGCCCGCCGCCGCCUGCGCGGGUUGUAUGAUUAAUGCUUUGUCGUCGUAUCGGAGGUCCUGACCAUGAGAUCUAUA